UAAUAUAUACAGAUCAGCGGGUGAAACCUUCGGGAGCGCGCGGUCAUGGCGGGUUGCGUGCUCGAGAGAUGUUCGUUCUUCGUGCAGAAAAAGAAUCGUUUCUGUAAAAUGAUCGUCGGAAAAGAGAAACGUUUCUGCGGAGAACACGCUGUUGUGGAGGAAGGAAACAGCAGGAGGAUUGUCUGUCCACUGGACCCCAAACACACCGUGAACGCAGACGAUUUGGAGAAACACCUGAAGAAAUGCAAUGCCAGAGAGAAACCCAAACCGGUUUACUACACGGAAAAUAUCAACGCUGGAUCAUCUGAUGAAGAUGAGUCCAUCCAGCAGGUGUGUCUGUCUGAGCGCAGCGGGGCGGACCUUCACUCUCUGCUGGCGAAGCUGGAGGCGGCAGCCUCAGGAAGUGCAUGGGAGCUGCAGGACAGCUUCCUGUCCCAUCCUGUCCUCCAGGACGAACUCGCUGACCCAAAGAAGGGGGACUCUGCCUUGAAACACCUGAAACAGCAGUCUUCUAUUUUAGGUCACCUGGAGGCGCUGCAGCUGCUGGCGGGUCGGCGCUGCUUCGUGGAGUUUGGUGCCGGACGAGGGAAGCUGUCUCACUGGAUCCACGGAGCCCUGAAGAACUGUGAAGAAGUGCACCUCCUGCUGGUGGAGCGCAGUACCACACGCUUCAAGGUCGAUGGCAAACAUCAGGAUCCUGGAGUUCAGUUUGAGAGGCUGCACAUCGACAUCCAGCAUCUGGACUUAAGUAAAGUUCCGUUGCUUAGUCAGAAGACGAUCCCAUUAGUCGGCAUUGGGAAGCAUUUAUGCGGCGCAGCAACAGAUCUUGCACUUCGAUGUUUGCUGGAAACACCAGGGGGCAGUACAGCAGAACCUCCACACAAACUUCUCAAAAUCUCACCACCCACACCUCAAGGUUCAUCCGCAGCUCCAGGGUCAUCCGCAGUUCCAGGUCCGGACCGUUCCGGUCCGAGUGUACUGGGCCUGGUGGUGGCGCUGUGCUGUCACCAUCGCUGUGAGUGGCGGCACUACGUCGGGAAGGAGUUCUUCCUGCAGAGGGGUCUGGGAGCUGCAGAGUUCAGCGCUUUCUGUCGCAUGUCCAGCUGGGCAACAUGUGGCCUCAGACGGGCCAAUCAGGCUCAUCCAGGUCAGCGUCCGACCAAUGAGAGAGAUGACGACGACCACGAAGCAGUGGGAGAACCGCAGAGUGAAAACUUGACCAGCUCUCUGUCGGCGGCUGAACGCGAGCGGGUCGGUCGUCUCUGCAAACGGCUGAUUGACGGUGGUCGAAUUGACUUCCUGCAAAAAAAAGGCUUUGAUGGAAGACUGAUACAUUACAUCAGCAACCAGGUGACGCUGGAAAAUGUCCUGCUGACUGCUGUCCCCUCCAGGUCCUGAAAUGUCAAAAGAGCAGAAAAAAGUGUUGCUCAGAAAAUCUGUUUUCUGAAUCAGAAAAACCCCACAAGUGUCCUCCAAGUAAAGUGCAGUGCGUCACAGCGUCUUCACAGGCUGAGAUCGUCUUCUGGCCUCCUGGAUGUACAUCUUCAUGAAUUCAAGUCCAAACAUCUCCCUGUCAUCCUCGUCGUCCUCAGCCGUGGUCCUGCUGGAUGGCAGCGUCACCUCGAGGGCCAGAGGGUUGUCCCGAAAAUUCACAAACCU